UUAUUACCAUUUACACAUAUUUUCUGUAAAAACACCCAUUAUAAAAUAAUAAUUAAUGAAGAGAUAGUGCUUAUAAAGCCCAUACGCUGCAGCCUAAAAAGUUUAUUGUACUACUUGAUUUAAAUAACAAAAAUUUUAGAAAAGAUUAAAAAUCUCUAAUGUGGAAUGUAAGCUUGAAUUUGCUACCUGUAUCUUAUGAAUUUAUCACUCUUACACAAGCAACAUGACAUCUCAAACUUUUGUCUUAAAUCUCAACAAUAAAUUAUGCAAAUUAAUUAACAAAAUUCGAAUUUCAGAUCUGAAAUGGAAUUUAAUAUAAAGAAAAAGUUAUCAAUAUCUUUUUUUAUCGCAUGCUCAAUGUUAGUCAAUUUCAAAGCGAAAGUAUUCUGUCUGUACUAAGGUAUAUGUAUGUAAUACGCAUAUAUGUAUAUAUGUAAUAUAAAAGCAUAUGCUUCUGAUUUUGUGAUGUUAUAAUGUCACAUUUGUUACAGUAGUAUUUAUUUUUAUAUAUUAUUUGCUCUUGCAAGUUACUAUCACAAAAACUGUCUCAUUACGACAAUCUCGUUGAAUGUAAAGAAAAAAAUUUCAUAUCUCGGGAAGAUUUCGGUAAAUUUCAUAAAGCUGCAAUUACAUCAUCUGUUGAUCGAUCGUCGGUAACAACGUCGACAACGUUAAUAUAUGCCAAAGAAUAUUAAACUUUAAUUGUUUGCAUUUCUCAUUCGAUUAUGCGAACUCUGAUUUAAUAUUAAGGAGAAGUUCGCAGCGAGAUCGAGUUACUUAAAAAAAAACGUGCGUUUGACUGCGUUUGACUUGUCAAAUUCUCUGUCGCGUGAUCAUUUGAGCCUGUUCCAGAAUAUUCGAACCUUCAAAUUCAUUCUUUUCUUACUCAUUUCGAUACAAUGUUUGAAGAAUCCAAUGCGUUUCGAUGUUCGCGAUAUUUAGCGAUCGAACGUUUAAGCAAGCUGAAUCGUUUUCUGAACGCAAAGUCCGAACUUCAGGAAAGUUCGGCAGGUACAACUUGUCAGGACUGUUGGAGGACUUAGAGGUUAUCAAUCAAUUUGAUUUGUCUGCAUGGCGCGCCGAAAUGGAACACACGAAAGAGGAACAAGACUCUACUGCAAAACACAAAACGAUGGAGAAUACGGAACAGACGGAUCAUCCUUGGAACACCCUCGAGACCAUAACCACAUUCGAUCAAGGGAUGGAUAAUAGCACAAGUUCAACCUUUCGCAUAAACAGUAAAAACAAUCAAAACAAUGGGGAAGUCGCACAACGAACGGCAAGACAGCAAGCAAUGACUCAAGCCACCGGUGUCUUAAUCGAAUCACUUCUACAACAAUUGUGCGCUAUGUUAGAAGGGGAUAAAGUUCACAGAAAUAAAUUAUACAGUGAUAUCUGUGAUAAACUAUACGAGUUGCAAUUACUUAAUGAUACUUACAAUACAGUGGAAUUUGAUGUACUGAAAGGAAGGUAUCAACGUGCUUUCUAUCAAUUCCUCAAUGUUGCUCGUGCUCAGUCUGAAAACAAAAGUGUUCUAUCUAUACCAAGGUUUCUAGUACCAAAAUUGUCGCGUUACCAAGUCGAAUUUCAGGAAAUAUGCUUCAUUGCUCGCGGAGGUUUUGGCAAAGUUUACAAAGCACUGCAUCGUCUCGACCACACCAAAUAUGCAAUUAAAAAAAUAAUUAUAUCCGUUGAUCGUAUGGAAGUUAUGCAACAGCAAGUGAAUGAAGUAAGGACAUUGGCUAAAUUAAAUCAUACUAAUAUCGUUUCCUAUAAUGCUGCUUGGACCGAACCAUUGCCACCUUCUUAUGCUUCAUCUUAUGCUUCAAACACCUCAUCCACUGAAUCAUUACGUACAUCGAAAUAUCAGCGAGAAGAAUCUAAAUCGUCCAGUUCGAUUAUCGAAGAUUUAUUCAAUGAUGAUCUCAAUCUUAAUAAAGGUAUUAUUACAAUAAGCAAUAGGUAUAAUGUUAUUAGAUAUAUUAUUGUUAUUAGAGUAUCUUAUGCACCCGAUAUAGGUAUAAAAAGUAAAAAGCGCAGUAAAAUAUGUAAAAAUACCAGAGAUAGUAUUAUUAAUCAAGAUACUGUUAGUGUAAAAUUUGAAGAACUUGAUUCAUCAGAUGAUAUCACAGAAGAAAAAAUAGUUAGGGAAAGUAACAUAGAAGAAUAUACUGAAGAAUCAGACGUAGUGUCUUUUCGAAAUAGUAAUGAAAAUUCAGAUCAAGCAAUCGUAGAUACAGAUACUAGUAAUGGUCCUUUAUACGAAGAAUCUACUAAUCAGGCAAUAUGUACUUACACUUCUGAUAAAAAUCAAUCGUAUUAUAUCUUAUACAUUCAAAUGGCUCUAUGCGAACAAACACUCGAACAAUGGCUACGCGGUAAAAUAAGUAUAACGCCUGAACCAAUGGUUAGAACGAUAUUUCAACAGAUUCUUAAUGGAGUCGACUAUAUACAUUCUCAAAAAAUCGUUCAUCAUGAUAUAAAGCCAAGCAAUAUAUUUAUAUCAACUUCUGGUCAACUUCGAAUUCAAUUGGGUGAUUUCGGUUUGGCUUGUCCAUUACAAAAAAGAGACAAUCAUCAUUCGGUAGGUGGUACUCAUGUAUAUGCAGCACCAGAACAACUACAAGGAAAGUGCGAUCCAAAGAGUGAUAUCUAUAGUAUAGGAGUUGUCCUCAUUGAGCUUUUAAUUUCAAUGAAAACUCGAAUGGAACUAGUUUCAAUAAUUAGUUCCUUAAAAUCAGGCAAAGUACCGGAAACUCUCAAACAACAUAAGUGGGCACAAAUGGUCAAGCAAUUAGUGCAAGAAGAUCCCAUUAAUCGACCAUCGACAAGUCAGCUUUUGCAGGAUUUAAACCAAGAUAAGGAUGUAAUAAUAAAUAAAUUGGAAAAUACUAUUGUACAUUUAAAAGAUGACAAUCGCACUCAAGCUGACCAAAUUCAAAUGCUACAACAAGAGGUUGCGUUAUUAAAGGAAAAAAUUCAACAAUUGUCGCUUGGCAAUAUAACAAAGUAGACUGUCAUUUCAUGAGUCUAAGCUCAUGAAAAAUCUUGACAUAACAUGUUAAUAAAACUGCCGAGUAAUUUUUUAAAUUAGUUUCUGAAAAACUAUAAUAAGUAAUUUUAUGCACACAGGAAAGUAAAAAACAUUUGGUUUUUAAACAUUUGGAAAUUUAUAUUUUAAUUCAACUUUUUUUUAACAGACAUGAACAAUGUAACUAGAUGUAAAAGAAGUUUUACAGCUAGUCUUUUCAUUCCGUUUUUAAAAUUAAUCUCACUGAUUUCAAACAAAUUUGUCAAACUUGUUAAAUCUGCUUGCAUGUGUGCAUUAUUACACUUAUUUCUCUCGUAAGAUGAUCUUUUGAUAUGGAUCUGUGAUAUCUUAAGAUUAUACUCUUGAAUAUAGGAAUGAAAUAUGAAUAUCAGCCUACUCAUAUUUAUUGGUCAUCAUAAUUGAUCAAUAACCUUAAACAUACAAUUGUAUUAUAGUUUGUAAUGUGUAUAAUAUGCAGUUUGACUGACUAAAAUAAGACUACUGAAGAAAUCAAAAAAUAUAUAUAAUUAAAUAGUGCCAAUUAUAUAAAUAUCAUAAUCGAAUAUGGCGCAUGUAAAACCAUUUUACAAAUAUUUUUUACUAUGUAGACAAUACGUAAUUAUGUAUAUGUAAGCAUGCAUAUUUUUACUGUAUGAUACGGAUAUAUAUUUCUGCCUUCUUUUACUUAACAUUACUUCGAUACACGGAAAAAUUUUACCAAAGAUCUUAGGAAUUUGAAUUGUAAUAGAUAUGUUAUCAAGAACAUGACAAUAUAUCACACGAUUUUACAUACU